AUGUUGUCAAAUUCUAGAGACCAUUCUAAGUACCAUGCCCCAGUUGCUGUCUACUGUUGGAGCAUUCCCAAAUUCAAACCCAGACACACAGCUCUAUGAGGCGCAAUUGUUGAUUUGAACUUGCAGUUUUGUGGCAGCAGCUGGACUACUGAAGAAGUCUUGAUGCAGGACCCCCAAGAGAAGGAUGUGAGCAGCGUUGCCCUGGAAACCAUUCCGAUUGAGAACAAGCUAAAGAUGAGGAGGACACCUGAGGGCCUGUUAGCAUCGCGGAGCGGCCUAAUUGACUGCAGUGACCCUCAGGGGGCUACCAUGAAGCCAGUAGUUUCCAGGUCAGCUUCCCAGAGUUGCCUGGUAACCUCUGAGCCCAUGCCUCCCAUCCAGAACAGGCGUCCUUCUUCAGAGCCCAGCAGGGUGAGCAACGGAGAGCUGGAGCAUGGGGAAAAUGGCACCAGCUGUGAUGACAGCGAUGGGAAUAACGAGCAGCCAGUGUCAGACGGAAAAGGAUAUAAUGCUUCCCUGCCACCCUUGUAUUGCAGUGGGGAUGGGAAGAAGUCACUGGGAGUGGUUUUAAUUCCCCCUAUCCCCAAGUCAGAGAGACCAUCUGAAGGGGAUCCUGGCAGCGAAGCAGUGUCUCUCCCAAGCUCCCCCAAGGACCUGGUUUUCCAAGAGACCCUGGAGAUGAGGCCAAGAUCAGGUAGCGGAAGUGAAGAUGCAACUCUUCAAUAUCUAGAGCUCCAGAGUGUGCAGCCCGUCUUGCCUCUUCUCCAGCAUCAUGCUUUUGGAGGCAUGAAGCCUGCUGGACAUUUAUGUGAACGUGUGCCCCAGCUAACAGGCUUCCCUCUCAGCCAGGCCAACAAGAUGGACUAUCCCGUGAACCCUCCCCUUCUGAGUGAUGACGACUUGAAGGACAGCAAUGGAAGGAUCCAUAUUAUCUUGUCAAAAUCAGCUCAGAAGAAAAUACACCAGAAGCGAAUGAGAGAGUUGGCACUUCUGCGUAGAGAGAGGGAGAAAGAGAGAGAAAAGUCUUUGCACCUCACUAGACACAGUGGUGACCCUGAGGAUGCAACCAAAGAAAGCUUUGUUCUACCGCCUAUCAAUGGGACAGCUUCCGUUUCCCAUAACAUGAGCAAUAUACGCAGAGAGCGUGCUGGUACUGCCCUGAGGAAGCGGGUCAACAGGCCCUCACUGCCCAGCAUCCCCAUCAUCAGCCAGGGUGGCAGCUUCCCGCGCAGCUCCUCAGCAAAUUCACUGUCGACCAUUGGUCUGGACUUCCUGGAGUGGGGAGAUGAGACAGAGUGUGGGGACACCCAGGAAGUCAGACCCUUCCCUAACCCACAGCAGGGGCUGCUCAACGCGCUCACAUGGCUCAGCAGUGAUGACUGGCAGCAGAAGGCGAAGGCGCUCUUCAGCAUCAGACGCCUGGCUAUCUGCCAUUUACAAGUCCUUCUCUGCCGACGUCAUGAUGUUUCCCUGGCAGUUUGCAAAGAGGUGAACAACCUCCGCUCGAAGGUGUCUCGCUUUGCCAUCAGCACUCUUGGAGAGCUCUUCAGGACCGUGAAGAAUCACAUGGACCACGAGGUGGAUGAGGUUGUUCGGGUCUUGCUCCAGAAGAUGGGGGACUCCAGCGAGUUCAUUCAGAAAGCAGCCAAUCGAUCCCUGGGGAUCAUGGUGCAGAGUGUGACUCCUGCACGAGCAAUGACUGCUCUCAUGGCUAGUGGAAUCCAGCACCGCAAUGCCCUGGUGCGGAAGUGUGCGGCCGAACACCUACUGACUGCAAUGAAGCAAAUUGGAGCCGACAAGCUCCUCUCGGGCACACGUGAUAGUAUAGAGCUGCUGGUGCGCAAGCUGGUGAAGCUUGCUCAGGACUGUCAUCAGGAUACAAGGUGUUAUGGACGGAAGAUGCUGAAGAUACUGAUGAGUCAUCGAAAAUUUGAUAAGUAUUUGAAACAGUCAGCCCCCUCACGUGACUUGGAAGAUGUUAUGGCAACAAUUAAGCAGAAAGGAAUAGAUGACCAUAAAUAUGGACCUCCAUCUGCCAAGGACCACAGAAAGCCUAGGAACAGUGGCUUGACAAUGCCCCAGGACAACCUGACUACUAAUAGCGGUUUGAGGUCUGGCUCUGAUGUACAUGUUUUACCCCAUGAGACAAUCCAUUGUGUGUCAUUUCGGACUGCGGAAGAGACUGAGCAGCUCAAAGAGCUUAUCAGGCUCCUGACAGCUAAAGACUUCCAGACACGAAUACAGGGAGUGGUGUUCCUCCUAGACCACUGCAAAAGCAGCCCCCAUUUCAUCUCCACUAAUAUUAUCCAGAUUUUUGAUGUUUUUGUCCUGAGACUUCAGGAUUGCAACAAGAAAGUGAACCAGCAGGCACUGGAGGCACUGGCUUUGAUGACGCCCAUGCUCAGAGAUGUCUUACACCCAGUGCUGGUCCCUCUGGUAGCAGCAGUCACUGACAACCUGAACUCAAAGCAUGCAGGGAUUUAUACCGCAGCUGUGAAAGUGCUGGAAGCAUUCAUUGCUCACCUAGAUAAUGCAUUGUUGCUGCAAGCAUUUGCCCACCGAGUGCGUUUGCUCAGCGGCCAAGCUCUGCUGGAUGUCACAGAAUGUCUCUCAGUGCUUGUGGCAUCUGUUUAUCCCAUGAAACCCCGAGCUGCCAAGCGCUAUGCCCUACCCGUGCUUUGGUUCUUCCUGGGAAAUAGGGCCCUGCCUGUCCGAAGUGGCAAUGUCAGGGCUGUGGUCAUCAAGCUUGCAGCGAUCCUCUACCAGCUGAUGGGCUCCAGCCUGAAGGAGCAUGCUGCCAGCCAGCCUCAGCAUGUGGCGAAAAACCUCUGGGAAGUUUUGGACCUGAACAUCGGGUGAAGGCUUGGUGUGAUCCAGGAAGCUGAUGUGGGACAGGCAAAGUUGGAUGUGGUGGUGGCAUUUGUUUUAUUCUCUUUGUUUGAAGAAUGGGUUUUACCCUACAGUUUAUAGGAACAGAUAGACAUAGUAUGUUUUGAUGUAGGCUUUUAAAAAAUAAUAAAAAAUAAAAGGAAGUAUUGUCAAAAGUUUUAUAUCUUGAGCUUGUCUUUCCUAAGAAGCUUGCAUAGACACCAAAAAAAUAAAACCCAUGUGUAAGAUGCAAUUUUUAACUGUAAAAAGGAAAAGAAUAUAUUUAUAUAUGUACUUAGAGAGUAAGAGAUGUGUAUAUAUAUAUUUACGUACAAAGUAAGAGAUGGGCUUUGGAAGCAUUUGGGCUACAGGAUUAGAUGGCUUGAUCUGGGAAGCAGAGAAUGAGAAACCAGGACCUGCUAGCCCGGAGGAUAUGUGGUGGAGUUAUAGGAGGAUGUGCAGUUUACUGUAUGUGCCAGUGUACGCCAUAGGUGAGAAGCUGUGAAGCUACCACGUGGCCCCUUUACAAGACUCUGGUAGCUGCUGGUGCAACUGCAGAUACCCGAGAUGUCCAUGUCAAGCUC